AUGCACACGGUCUACAUCCUCGACUUCGGAAUUGCUCGCAAGUACACAAAUCACAAGGGUGAAUUGAAGACGCGACGUGCUGAGGUCCGCUUCAAGGGAACGGUCGGUGAAGGACGAUGUGGAGUCGUGGUUCUACCUGCUAUUGGAUCUCAUCGUCAAGGUCUGCCUUGGAAGAAAAUUGAUGAUAAGAACAUUGUACAAGGCCGCAAGGAGGAAGCUCGCAAGGAUAAGGAUCUCUACGGAACGCUCAAGUGCAAGAAUGACUAUCAGAAGAUUCUCACCUACAUCGAUCGCCUCGAGUACACCGAUCAUGUCGAUUAUCAAUUCAUCUACGAGAAGCUCAAACGGAUCGCUGCCCAGCAGAGCAUCAACAUCGACGACCCGUACGAUUUCGAGCCGCCUUCAAAGAAG